CACUUCAGGCGAACGCGACUUCUGUUUACUAGCGAUUUGUUUAGCAGAUGAAAAUACUCAAUCUGACUACUAACCAGAUUUAUUUGGGGGAAAAUAACAAUUUUACUGUUCGUAAAGACCCAGUAUAGCUAUGGCACAUCACUUCUUUGGGAAUUCAGGCUCUAUGGCCUUGCAGUCAACACCCAAAGCUGGUCAUCACCAAUCAUCAGCAAAGGUGUCGGAUGAUGGUUUUAACUCAACAGGUGAAACUCUGUCAUUUGUUAGUCUGGACGACAGCAAUGAGCAACAAAGUGAGGACUCUGGUAUCGGAGUUUCAAAAGCCUCGACUAGAAGUUCGCCGGGCAACAGUACUAUGGAAGAUGCUGCCGUGUUGACUCCCACAAGUUCAGGAAUAGAUGAGAUUGGAAAGAAAGCACAGGAUCUUAUUGAGAGAAUAAAUGAGAGGCGAGCCAUGGACCAACAUGUGAUGAACAGCUUUGAGGAAAAGCUCAUUAAAAAGGUGAGGGAGAUGUGUCAGCAGGUGAAGGAGCAGAUGUUUGAGUAUUAUGAGCAGCACAGUCAGGGCAUGGAGGCCAGCAUCACUGAGCUGUCGGAGGUGCUGGAGAGGAGCAGUCAGCUGAGUAUGGAGCUACAGGGAGCCAGUCAAACCCUAGCCGCCAUCAAUAAAGGCCUGCAGCACAGCACAGAGCAGUAGAUACACAAUCAAACAUAAACUUAAUUUAAUUUAAACUUUAACUUAAGAAGGAAUUGUUUAAACAUUUCAAAAUGAAAACUGUUUUAUUUAUU